CGCGGGACUCUCCCGUUGUGCACUUCAGAGCUAUCCUCGCAGUCGAGAGGCGGCCGCUGCACCCGUAUAAGUAAACGAGUUGUGCUGCGCGCAGGAUAGUCACGUCUAGAGCGAGAGAAGAGGACGACACGUAGUUACCAUGAAUCCUGUCAAAAACGAUCCUGUCAAGACGGUCGCAGUCGUGAAAGACCCGGAGCGGGACGACCAAUUCGCGGCAGCGUACUUGAAACAAGGCAUAACACACGGCAUCACCUACCAAGUAAAGAUCCUGACCUGGGUGGUCUGGAAGUUGCUACGCAACAGCGACGCAAGCAUAAGGAACUGGUACUUGGGUACAGAGGUGCGCAACGCACGCGGAUUUCACGAUUUGAUACUGAAGUACGAUAUCGACAACAUGGCGAACGGGAUCAGCGAUACCGCCAGCACUCGACGCGUAUAUCGCUUCGUGCAAAUAAAGCACAAGUUGUGCCUGGAUAACAAAGCGAAGAUCACUCUCGGCUCACUGAAGUCUAAACAGAAAAAGAAUCAGUACAGCCUGAUCUACUUGUUCAAGUCGUACCUGAACAUGCUCGGCAACUUCGAGAAGAUAAAGAUGGAGCAGAUUUUGGACAUGACAGUCUUUACGAACAUUAACAUCCACUCCAUCAAUUUUCUCGUGCCUGUGAACGAGGAUCCGAUCUUCAACUUCGAGGGGAAGGGGAAACGGUAUCGCAUUGAUUUUGGUAUGGUUCAACAGAAUCCGUGUGUGAUGGAACGGUUGCGACAGGUAAUGCCGAACGAUAUGAUCAUAUACGACUUCCUGAGGAAGCUGGUGUUCGCGGUGGACCAGCCGUCCGAGUUCGAACUGGAGGAUCGGAUCGUCGGGGAAAUGGCCAAGGUGUUCAGCGUGCCGCAAAUCUUCUACAACGAUCUGUACAAAAGCAUGAUCAAAUGGUUCCUCAUCUAUAACGUCGGCACGGCGCCGUAUCUCACGGAGAAGCAGGUGUUGCAGUAUCUGUUCGACGCGCAGAACACGUUUCUGCGCGCGAAGAAGUCGGAGUUGUACACUAAGGAGAUGUCCGCCUUGUCAGAGCAGUUGUCAGAGCAGUUGACGGAGCAAUUGGCACAGUUGCACAUGUAACUUUGUCUGAUCUUCACCUUUAUAUAUAAUGUUAUAUGUAUCGUUAUAAUCGUUUGUUAUCCUUUUAUCUUUUUAUGUAUGACAAAUUUUUGCUUCAAAAACCAAAAAACAGAGAUUUUGUUUGUUUUUUGUUUUUAUUUUUAUAAUACUGACUUCUUUACAUGAUUAUUUUGUUUCGCAUAACAUAUAUAAGUAUGAUUUAGAGCAGAUUUCAUAGUCGGAUCAUAUAUCCAAGAUCGUCUCAUUGCAAGAUAUUAUGAAAUCAGUGAAAUCGAAUCAGUGAAAACUUUUACAGAAUCCGAAGGUGAAUUUAAGACGAUUUUAAAUAUAAGAUCAAACUAUGGGCGGUACUAAUGACCAGAUCUUAUAUGUAAGAUUUUCUUAAGUUCAUUUUUAGAUGCUAUACAAAUCAUUUCAUCGGCUAUGGUGUACUUGAAGAUAUAUUUAAGAUGAUUUUGAGUAUAAGAUUCGACUAUAUGAAUAUGCUAGGCCAGUAUUAUAGGCUAAUUUUAUGUAAACUUAGAGUUUAUUUUAAUAUUCUAUGUAACCAAUGAGAAACAUUUCUAGUAUCUGAAGAUUAAUUUAAGAUAAUCUUAAGUAUAAAGUCAAAUGUUGUUCCUAGGUAUUCAUAAUUCCAUUUUAUAUUUAAAAUCGUCUAAAGUUUAUCCUAAUACGUUAUGUAACAGAUGUAACGUAACAACUUUUAUAGUCUGAGUAUGUACAAUCUUAUAAAUGUAAGAUCAAAUUAUGAAUAUUUUUGUUAGGACGGCAUUCAAGAUCCGAUCUUUAAGACCGUUAUUUAAGACCGUUUAUUUUGAAAUGUUAUAUGGUUAGUGCCAUAUAAAAAAUUUCUUGUAAUCCAGUUGGAAUCCAGAGUCCAAUUUCUUUAAAGAAAUUAUAAACUUGCUAUAAGACGCGAAACACAAUGAAGUAAACCUUCAGCAUUUUGCUCUAAGCUCAAAAAUUGUUACAUAAUUUUUGGCUUAGAGCAAAAAGUUACAAACUUAUUACACCCAUUGUAUUUCGUGCCUUACAGCAGGUGGAUUUAGAACGAUCUUCAUAAUGUCGGACUGCAAAUGUCACUGUUUUUAAUUUUAUACUAAGAAUAAUUAAUAAAAUAAUAUAAGUAAAUAAAAAAAAACAUGUCUAAUGUCAAUAAUUUAGCUUAUUUUAAAUGAAGAAUACUAGACGAGGAUGGGGAAAUGAAGAUACGCGCACUUAUAUUUACAGCGUAUUUACAGCUUCCAUUGCAUAUGUUUUAUUAUUGUUAUUAUUAUUAAGAUCUCUCUAAGAAUACAAUUUAUUCAUGUACA